AUGGAAGACGUUAUCUGUCAAUUAGAAUAUCGGAUUUCCAGACUCAAAAGAGUCCUCUACUUGGAAAAGAUGAUAACGGCAUCUAGAGGAAAAAUAUUUGCUACCAAUCGGAAAAAAGCUGAUUACCAUGCUUCACUGAAAAAAUGCAAAGAGGCUGGAGGGUCUAUUGCCACUCCAAGCAACCCAGGGGAGAAUGAUGCCAUUCUGUACUUUGUGAAAAGUUUUAAUACCUAUGCCUACCUGGGGAUAAAGGAAUCUCUAACUCCAAGCAAAUUCCAGUUCCUGGAUGGCACACAAUUGAACUAUACUAACUGGUAUUUAAAUGAACCUGCUGGCAAAGAGGAAUGUGUUGAGAUGUACACUGAUGGCACUUGGAAUGACAAAAGGUGCAACCAGAAUCACCUUGUUGUCUGUCAGUUUUAG